GACUGCCCUGCCCGCCUGCCCGCACAAGCCGCAUUACCUAGCCUAGGUGUCUUAGCUGAGCACUGCCCGCCGUUUUCCCCGGCGAGAUGAGUCGAAAUGACCCCGGCAGACGGGGCGAUUGAUUUGAUUUUGACUUGGGGUUUGGAAACUGCAGGCUCUAAUGAACUUGGGUUGCCCGUGGGCUACCCGUGGGCUGCCCGUAGCUAGCUGAUUGGUCUGUGCGUCAUUUCUGAAUUGGUGUCUUCUUAGUGCCUGCCACUUUCCACUCUCUUCAAUUAUCAAUCCAGCCCGUUUGCUGCUUUUGUACCCCGUCUGACGGCCUACCUUGCUCUCUCGCACUUGCCCACAUACAAACAGCAUCCCAGCCUGAUUUUUGCACUGCCAGAACUGCCCCUCCAAAUACCUCGCAUAGCACCAGCAAUUUCAGCUUUCACCUCGACACGACACAUCGAGCAACCGAGACGGCUGUGGUCUGAUAGCGCCCUGCAGAAAGCGACCAAAAUUCUCGCACAACUUUUGUGUGUGCACUCGACUCCCACACUGCGUGCGACCUGCAGACGGGACAACGCAACAACGACGCCACCUGUAUAGAAAGGAACGAAUCCGCAUUAUGGCAGACACAGGUGGCGCCCUGCCUACAGACUCAGCCGGGGAAAGUGCGUCGAGAUCACGCGGUGACGGCAGCCGUGGCCGUGGCAGAGGAGAUCGUUCACGGCGCGGAAGGGGCCGUGGUGAUGGUGGCGCUGGGCCAACCCGUGGGGGCAACCGUGGCAGGGGUCGGGGCGGGAACAACCAGGGCGCAGCCAGGCCAGAAGAACAGGACGGUGACAGGCCGAAGCUCACGCCAGCUGCCAAAGAGGCCCUGCGCGGGCCGGUAGAGCCGAAACCAAAGGCUGAAGGAGACGACGCCGACGCCGACGCCGACGACGACGAGGUCUGCUUCAUAUGCGCCAACCCGAUCCAGCACCACUCGGUCGCACCCUGUAACCACACAACAUGCCACAUCUGCUCAUUACGACUGCGAGCCUUGUACAAGAACAAGCAGUGCGCACACUGCCGGACAAGUGCGCCGUUUGUCAUCUUCACCGACGACCCGUCGAAACCAUUCGAGGCCUACACCGACGCCGACAUCUCGAGCGCCGACGAGAACAUAGGAAUCCGCUACACCGACGAGAACAUCGUGGGCGACACCGUCCUGCUGCUGCGGUACAACUGCCCGGAUCUGUCAUGCGACUUCGCCGGCCUGGGCUGGCCCGACCUGCACAGGCAUGUGCGGUCGGUGCACAACAACAAGAUGUGCGACCUCUGCACGCGCAACAAGAAGGUCUUCACCCACGAGCAUGAGCUGUUCACCGACAAGGCCCUGCACAAGCACAUGGCGCACGGCGACGACCGGCCCGGUGAUGUUGCGCAGACUGGGUUCAAGGGCCACCCCCUGUGUGGCUUCUGCGGCGAGAGGUUCUACGACGACGACAAGCUCUACGAGCACUGCCGAAACAAGCACGAGCGGUGUUUUCUCUGCGACCAGCGUGACUCUAGGACACCGCACUAUUAUCGGGACUACGAUUCUCUGGAAAAGCAUUUUCAAAAAGACCACUUCCUCUGUCUGGACCGGGAGUGCCUGGACAAGAAGUUUGUCGUGUUCGCGUCGCAGAUGGACCUCAAAGCUCACCAGUUGAGCGAACACGCCGGCUCCCUAUCCAAGGACGUGCGGCGAGAUGCCCGGACCGUGGACCUUUCUACCUUUGACCUCCGAGAACAAUACCAGGAGGAACGGAGAGGGGGCGGACGGUCUCGUGGCGGGAGAGAGGGGCGUGGAAGGGGCAGAGACCCCAAUGCAGACGCGCCUCUGCCUCGCAGCUCGGCACAGCCACUGCGGCGAGACGAGAUCGCCUACCAGCGACAGAUGCAAAUCCACUCUGCCCAGUCAAUAUCCAACCGCACCUUCGGGGGCUCGCUCACGGGCUCCGCCAACACCUCCAGCCCCACGCCAGCCGCAGCCCGCAAUCAGCAGCGACAGAAUGGCGCCCCGUCAUCCUCAGCCCAGCAACAAUCCCAGCCUCUCGCCGACGCCAUGUCCACCCUCUCCCUGACCGACCAGGCCAAUAUGACCCCUGCCGAGCGCGCCCGCCUCGUCCGGCACAACGCCGUGAUCGAGCGCGCGUCCAACCUGCUCGGCAACGACGCGACCAAGAUGAACGACUUCCGCGCGCACAUCUCCUCCUACAAGAACGGCAGCCUGACGGCGCCCGGGCUGAUCGACUCCUUCUUCUCCCUGUUCAGCGACACCUCGGCCAACGCGCUGGGCACGCUCGUCCGCGAGGUAGCCGACCUCUACGAGGACAAGAACAAGGCCGACGCCCUGCACAAGGCCUGGCAGGACUGGCGCGCCAUCAACGAGGACUACCCGUCCCUCCCCGGGCUUGGCGGCAUGCACGGCGCCACCACCAGCUCCAGCGGCUGGGCGGCCGCCGCCAGCUCCGGGCCCACGCUGGGCAGCGGGGGCGGCGCCGCGGCCGCGGCGAGGGAGAGGCACACCACGCGGGUCCUCAAGCUCAAGAACAGCACCCAGGCGCGCAGGGGCAGCGUCCCCGGCGCGGAGCUCGCGGUCCCCGGCUCCAACGCGUCCGGGCCGAGCAGCGUGCAGUGGUCGAGGCCCGCGGCGGCAGCAUCCUCAUCCUCAUCAUCAUCCUCCGCCGCGUUCCCCGCUCUGCCGCCCGCGGCAGGGAGCAAGAAGUCGGGCGCCGGCGCGGCGGCGAGGUCGGCCCAGCUCUGGAUAGGCGGGACACAGCCCGCCGUGACGGGCGCCUCGUCAGCCUCGGGGAGCAGGUCGGCCGCUGCUCCUCUCGUGCCCUCGGUGCGCCGCGCCGCGCCUAGUGCCGGUGGGGGCCGGGCGCCGCUUGCGUCUGGCGGCAGCGACGCGUUCCCCGCGCUGCCUGCGGCGCCCAAGGUGCAGACUACCAUAUUCGGGUACGGAGGGGGCCGCGGGGUGCGCCGGGACUUUGGGGGCGCGCGGGAGACUGGGUUCUCGUGGGGCGGGGGUGGUGGUGGUGGUUCUUCCGCGGGUGGUGGGGUUGGUGGUGAUGGGGAGGAUGGUGAGGAGGAUCCUGCGGCUGGCGGUGGUGGGAAGAAGAAGGGGAAGGGGAAGAAGGGGAAGAAUGUGCUUGUUGCUUGGGGGUAGAUGACAUGUCACCCACCGUGGUCUGUCUGGACUGCCGGCGAUGAUGUUCGGGCUUCCUUGCUCUUUGCUAUCGGGUAUGCAGGCGGGCAGGGUCUGAGUUGUCAUACGGAUGGACGAUGUCUACGUAUCAUAUGGACGGGCCUCAUGCGCCUCGAAUAAGACGUGGUGUUUCCUCUGAGGAGCAACAAUCAAUCAAUUAGCCUCAUCUUGGUUGUUUUA